UAUGACGUCACUUCUGGCAGCGGCGAAUGAAAUGGCGAGUGGCGGCGGUGGCGGUGGGAGUAAGAUGGCGGACAAAGAGAAGAAGAAGAAGGAGAGCAUUUUGGAUCUCUCCAAGUAUAUCGAUAAAACGAUCCGGGUGAAGUUCCAAGGUGGGAGAGAAGCAAGUGGUGUCUUGAAAGGAUUUGACCCUCUUCUGAACCUUGUGCUGGAUGGUACCAUUGAAUACAUGCGAGAUCCAGAUGAUCAGUACAAAUUAACAGAAGACACACGUCAGCUGGGACUUGUGGUCUGCAGAGGGACUUCUGUGGUUCUUAUUUGCCCACAGGAUGGGAUGGAAGCUAUUCCAAACCCUUUCAUUCAGCAGCAAGAUGGCUAGUGCUUUGGAUUGUCUCUGAUGACUUCGAGGGUGCAGAUCAUCAGAGAAAACUUACCAGUGUGUUGAGAAGCUUCCUGAGUUGGGGAAGGGGUUUAAAUGUGGAUUUGUUAGUGUGAAAGAAUGGUCAAUUGUUAUGUUUGUGGCUUGCCAUAAAUGAUGCAAGGAUGGGGCAUGACAUGUAAGAAGUAUGUUCUGAUUUCCCCCCUCCCAGUAAAUGUGUAACUUACACUGUUCAGAGCUGCCAGGGGGCCACAUAUUGUCAUGGAAUUAUCUGAGGCCCUCUUGAUCUUGUGAGUUUUGGAGCACCCACAUAAAAUUAGUAAAGAAUGCGCUGAAUAUCGGUUAUAUCCUUUACAUUUUUAAAUACAUUAAAAUGUAUUUAAGCUAA